AUGAAUGAAAAUAUAAAAAAGGAAGGAAUGAAAAAGGUGGAAAAAUAUAAUGAAAAUCCUUACAACAGUGAAGCACAAGAAGAACGUAAUUUCAAUAAUAAUCACGAAAACAUAAAAAAAAAUAAUACUGAUGAUAUAAAAGACAAGAAAGAGAACAUUGUACAUAAACCAAUAAAUAACUUAAAUAAUGAUGCUACACCAUCAGAAUUAAUAAAUAGUGAAAAUGUGUAUACUAUUGAAAGCGAUCAAAAUAAUAAUCACAAGACAUAUUAUAGUAUAAAAAUGAAUAUACGUAAUUUUUUUAAUUUGAAUAACAAAAGUAAUGUAAAUGACGAUAAGGAAGUUAAUGAAAUUACAAAUAAAAAUGUAAAGCCUAUAUUACACGAUAAUGCAAAAAAUGAUAGCACGUUCGCUAUAUCUUUUGUAAAAAAUGGUAAUAGCUUUACUAAAAAUGUAAAUGAAACAGAGAAUGGGGGUAAAAAAAAAAGAAAGAAAAAAAGAAGAAAACCCCUAGACAGUUAUUCAGACGAUUAUACUAAUUUAAAAAAAAAGAAAAAAAGUAUUUUUUAUAAAAGCUUAUUUAAAAAAAAGUGUAAACCAUAUAUGAAUAACUUAAAAAAAAAUAGUUUAUAUAGUUUCCAUUCUUUACAAAAUGGAAAUUGCAAUAAAUUUUUGGGAAAUAACAAAUUGCAAAAUGUGCCCAUUGAUAAUUUCGAUAAAAAUGACAAUAAUUUUUUUAAUUUUAAUGAUAAUAAAACAAAAGAGAAUGCUUUUGAAUAUGAUAUAAACUGUGAAAGAAAUUUUUAUUCUGAUACUUGUAUAAUUUCUUUGUUAAAAAAGAAAAAAAAAAAAAAAAAAAUAUACAACAUAUUACAUUACAAUGAACAUUUUCGAGAAAAUCAAUACAAAACUAAAAAUAAAGAAUCACUAAAAAAAACAUCAAUAUUUUAUGGGUUAUUUUUUAAUAAAUAUAAAAACUGUAAAUUAAAUGAUAUUAAUAAAAAUAUUAAAGCGUUAUAUUAUGCUUACAAUAAAUGGAGCAAGACACACAAAUAUUUACAAUGUGAAAAUUAUAAUUUAACAUUAAGAAACAUUCAAAAAAGGCAAAGGCUUUAUUUUUAUCAUAAAGAAAACAUGCUUAGUAUGUUUAAUUGCUUUAUAAAGAAAAACUGUAAGAGUGUAAAAAGAAAUAAAACUUUGAAGAAAAGACGAUGUGGAAUUAGGAAAGAAGGUUUUAAAGAAAUGAAGAGCCUAAUAAGGGGCCGUAGUUACAAAUCGAAUAAAUCUGAAAAAACGGAAAAAAAUAAUAAAUCAAAUAAAAUGAAUAAUCCUAAUGCAUCAAAAGAAAGCAUUGAUAAUACAUCUAACAAUUUAGUAAAUGAUGACAUAAAAAUGAAAAGAAAGCCUGAUGAAGAAAAUAAAUCGAACGAAAUAAACGACAAUAUUAACAAUAAGGUAAAAAAUGAUAUACAGACAGAAGAAGCAAAUAAAGAAUUGAGAAUACCAGGGAAAUCAUUUGUAAAAUACAAUCAGCAUGUAUAUGAAAAAUACUACAAUGAUAUAUUUUUAAGGAUUGGUAAAAUAAUAACAAAUAAAAAAAAAAUAUAUUUUUUAACAUAUAAAAUUAUAAAAGAAUCUUAUUUUCGUAUAUUAAUAUUAAAUAAUGAAAAAUUAGAGAGAAAUAUUUUACAAGUCGUAGCUAUACAAGAUGUUACAUUGUCUGAUAAAAAUGUAAGAAUAUAUAGUGAUCCAUUUUAUAUAAGAAAUAAUGGAAAUCUUUAUGGUGUUAAAUUUUUAAAAUUUUUCGCGCUAAAAUACUUUAAAAAAAAAAAAAAUAUAGAGGAUAUCAUAUUUUCAGAUGCAGAAAUAGGUGAUAAAAAUGCAAAUAAAACAAACAUAGAAAAUGAAACCAAUAAUUCAAAAAUUGUUAAGUCAGAAAAAGAAAAAAAAGAUAAUGAAGAAACCAUUUUGAGUAAAAGUGGUACAGAUACAGAAGAUAAUAAUGCUAAUACCACCAAUUGUAAUAGUGAUGAAAAUGAGGAAAAGGAAAAUAAGACAUAUAUCAAUUUAAAUACAGCAAAAUCCUCUAAAGAUAAAAAUAACACUAAUGUUAACAAAUCCAAAGAGGUGAAGAAUCAGGAAAAAGACACACCUAAAUCUUCUAUCUCUAGCAAUAGUAACAAUAACACCCUUAAUUAUGAUUCUGAUGAUAAUGAAAAGGGGAAAAAAAAUCAAUCUUGUAAAAAUGAAAAGUGUGCAAAUAUGACAAAUAAAAAAGGAAGAAACACAAAUAGUAAAGUAAAAAAUGAAAAAGUCAGUAAUACAAAAAAUCAGGUGAAUAAUAAUGAUAAAAAUACCAAAAAAGCGAAUACCAAAAAUACAAAAAAUAAUAAUAAAGAUUCUAAAAUUAAAAAGAAUCCAAAUGAAAUAAACAAAAAUAUUAGUAAAAAUAAAACAUAUAAAAAAACAAAUAAUUCCAAAGCAAGAUAUACUAAAAGUAUAAGUAAAGAAGAUGAAGAAUGUAAAUACAGUGGUGUUAUAUAUAAUAAUAAAAGAAAAUAUUAUUUUAAUAUUACCAAGAUUAGUGAUAUAAUUAAUAUGGUAAAGGGAUCCGAGGAUAGAACAAAAUUUUAUUUAGAUACUUCUAGCAAUAAUAUGAAAAAAAAAUUAAAGUUGUUUAAAAAAGUAGAAAAAACAUUGUUUUUGGAAAAUUUAAAUAUUGACGGUGAAGAGAUAUUAUUUAGGCGCCCUAAAUUUUUUAACUGCAUAAUUGAAGAGGUCUUUGAAAAUUAUAAUAUAUUAUACGAAACAGAGAAUGGCAAUUUUAACAUGUUUGAAAAUAAAUACGAUCGCUUAAAAAAAAAUGUGGUAAGUAAACCCGAGAAUGAUUUAUCGAAUAAAUACAUUGAAUUAAAAGAUGAAGAAAGAGGUUUUAGGUACAUAGGUUAUCGUGUUAGUUUUGAACUAAAAACAGAUAACAAAAAAAAAAGUACCCUAAAAACCGGUAUUAUAAAAUAUUAUUCGCCAAAAUAUAAACAAUUCUUUAUACACCAUAUAGAAAAUAUAAAAUUUAAUUUAUCAGUUGAUUCUCCCAAAAGUAUAAACAGAGAUGUAAGUAAUACAAGAAAUUAUUCUAGAGCAUCAUCUUUUUCAUAUAAUACUAUCGCCAAGGAUAUAAAUCACAGUGAUUAUAAUACGGAAAAUAAUUUGAGCAAUGCAAACAUAACUGAUAUAAAUUAUGGUGACCCUCAAGGAUGUUUGAAUGUAAACGGAAACAAAACCGAUAUUCUAGAAAAAUAUAGUAGUGAGAAUAAAUCUCCAAAGUAUAAUAUUAAAAUGCAAGACGAAGUUGAGAAAAAAAAACCUGAUUUUAUUUUUUCAGAUGUUAAAGGGUGGUAUUCGCCACAUUUUUAUAAUAUAAAAGUAUUAAUGUCCUUAAAAGAAUAUAACAGGUUUGAUAUAUUAGAUAAAAAAAAAGAAACACAUGAUCUUAGCAUUUUAAAUAAUCUUGCUAAAUGUUUUUUAUGUAAAAAUAAUAUCCUUUUCAUUAAAGGGCAUGAUCAUUACACUAGCACUUUACCUACUACCAUAUAUGAUUUGAGUAGUGAAGCAGAAAAAAAAGAAAUCGAUGAAACUAAUACUAUAAAUCUGCAUUGGGGUGUAAAAUGUUAUAUGUGUUCUAAAACAUUUCAUGCAGAAUGCUUAGGAGAUGAAGUUAUAAUUGCAAAAAGUUAUGAUAAAAAUGUUUUAAUGAAAGAAUAUAAAAAAUAUAUUUAUAAAAAUAGCCUUAAAAAAGAUAAAAAAAGUACAAAAAAAAGUAAAAGAGCAAAAAGCCCUAAUAAAAAGGAGACUAAAAAAUCAACUAAGGGCAGUAUUAGCGAUAAUAAAAAUGGAAAAGUAAAAAUAGAAUAUUCUAGUAGCAAAAGUAAUACUAAUAGUAACUCGAUUCAGAGUAGUAGAAACCCAUCCUUUAAUUGCAUAAACGAUUUAUCAAAUGAAAUUGGAACCCAAUUAAAAAAAAAUAUAACUAGUAAAACACGGGAGAAUACCAAGAUUCUCAGAAGUAAUAGUAACAGUAAUAAUAAUAAUAGCGAGGAUAAUGAAAGUAGUCAAACAAAAAGUGUUGAUUUAAAUGAUGAGAAUUUAGAUGAUGAAUAUUCGGAUGCCGAAAAUAAUAAUCAUUUAGAAAAAUCGAAAACAAAAAAAUCUCGAAAAUAUUUAAAUUAUGUUCCGUCAGCCAAAUAUAGUGACAUAUAUUAUAAAAAAUAUAUAUGUAAAGAAUGCUAUCGAUGUAUAUAUUGUUGUGAAAGUAUAUAUAAUUAUAAACAGACGCCCAAUGUAGCUAAUUAUGUUAUCUGUAAGUCUUGUAAUAUGGUAGCUCAUGGAUCAUGCUGUUUUCCCAAUGUCCCAGAAAUUUAUUUAUUUAAUUGGAAAUGUGAUGAUUGCUUAAAAUGUAGCAAAUGCGACUAUUCAAAUUUAUGUUUUAUAAAUUAUAAUGAAUGGGAAUUACAUUUAGAUUGUUGUAUAAAUUGUUAUAAAGAAUACGAAAAGAAAAAUUUUUGUAUUAUAUGUAAUGAAAAAUAUAAAGUUGAUGAUAGUAAUAAGUGGGUCGAAUGCGAUGUUUGUAAAUUUUGGAUUCAUUUAAGUUGUGAUAAAGAUGAAGAUAGAAAUAUAGAAACAUUAGCAAUAAAACACAUUGAUUAUAAAUGCCCUACAUGCAGAUCAGGAUCAUUUAUUGAUAAAAUUGAGCGAAUAUUGUAUUUAUUUUUUUUAUUAGAUAAAUAUAAAAAUUUCACUUUUCAUGUACCAAUAAAUUUUUAUAUAUAUUGGAGAAUUGUCAAAAUACCAAUGAAUUUAUAUAUUAUGAAAGAAAAAUUAUGGGGGAAAAAAUAUAACACGAUAUCUGAUUUUUUAUAUGAUUUUAUCCUUAUAGUACACAACGCAAAAACUGUUCAUAUGCCCAAUACAUCUAUAUAUAAGAAUGCAUGUAAUUUUGAAAAGAAAGGAAAAGCUAUAAUUAAAAAUAUGUUUAAUAUGUCUAAUGAAGAACUGAAUAAAUAUAUUGAUGACUGUCUUGAAAAAUAUAAAAAAAUUAUAGCUGAUGAUAUUACUAAUAAUGAAUCAUCAAAUAAUGUAUCUAACACUAACAUUGACAAUAAUUUUUCGAUAGAAAAUAGUAAAUUAAAUAAUAAUAGUAAUUCUUACAAUUUUAAUAUGAAUUAUAUGCUUUCGAAAUAUAAUGAGAAUAUGGGCACCCGAAACAAUGCUACUAUUUCUGAUUAUACUUACAAGGAUAAAAAAAAUAACGAAUAUAACCUUAGUAAGGAGAAUAUUAAUUUAGUGAAUAUAAAUAAAGAUUCAUAUAUUCAUCAAGAAAAUUAUAAUGAUAUAGGGCAAUAUAGAAGUACUACUAUUAACAGUAAUGACAAUUUAGGUGUAGAAAAAUAUAGAGAAAAUACAAAAAACAGUGGUGAUCGAACACGAUAUUUUCAAGAGGGUUAUGAUAUAAAAAAUUCAGAAAAUAAUUAUAACAGAUUUGAAAGACAAAAUGGAACUGAUAAAUACAACUAUAGAAACAUGAGUGAUAAUUAUCAUUAUUCUGAAAGUAAUAUGCUUAUGAAUAAUUUUCAAACAUGUAAUGCUUAUGAGACAAAUAAAGAUAAUAUACAAUUAGAAAGAAAUAUUAUUUCCAAAUUUGAAACGUCACAGUUUGAUAAAUUGGAAAACAAAGAUGACACUUCUUAUAUUAAUAAUAAUUCUAAUCAAGCUAAUAUAAAUAAUAAUCCUUACAAAAAAAGAAAACGCGAAAUUAUUGAAAAAGAUAUUAUGAAUUAUGAUUUACAUGAACUUUUUAAUUUAAAAAAAAAUUCAUUUUUUUUCCAAUCAAACAAGGACAUGCUUAUUUCAGAUAAAAACGAUAUAAUACAAUACAGCAUAAUUAAUAUUAAUACUAACAGUAAAAUUUACUUUAAUACAUCAUACAAUAAAUAUGAUGAUUUUGACACUUGUAAAAUACUAAAGAUCCAUUUUUUGAAAAAAUAUUGUAAGACACUGGAAACUGGCAAUUGUGAAAAUUCAUGUUCAGAGGCCAUACUUACAGAUAAACCCCAAUUAGAAAAUACAACAGACGAAAUUAAUAAUAACGAUUAUCUAAAUAAGUCUGCGCCUAUUGUUGACGAUUUAGCUACUAAAACUGUAUCGAAUGAUGAUUCACAAAAUAGUGAGCAAGUUGCAUUUAACGAAGCAGUGGUAGGCGUAGAUAUAAAUAAAAAUAAAAUGACAAACGAUGAUAUUUUAUAUAAUCAUGAUAAAAAUAAACUAUUCAUAGACUCUGACAUUUUUAUGAUUGAUAUUAUGAAGGAAAAAAUAAAAAUUAAUGAUGUUACAAGGGAAAAGAAAAGAAUACUAAGCCCUAUAAAUGACACAUUAAAAUUUUUAAAAUGCAUUCAAAUUAUAUUUUUUGACACCUUUGAUACCGAUGAACGCGAUAAAAUUGUAUAUCCAUUGAAUGCAAGCAUUUAUCAAAGUUAUAAAAAAUCAAAACGUGAUAUGGCAUACAUUAAUGAUACAACAUAUUCUGGAAAGGAAUAUGAGGAAAUAGAUCAAAAUAAUAAAAAUGAUAAUUUAUUUGGUACAAAUAAAGAAAUAUCGAUAGAUCGUAUUAUAUCUUCUGUUUGUAAAUCUGAAAUAAUAAAAAGUUGUGAUAAUAAAUUUGAAAGAAAUAAAAAUUACACACAUGCAAAUAACGAACAAAGUAAUACUAUUAAAUAUAUCGAGGGCCAAGGUGAUAAUUUUCUAAAAAAUAAAGCUCAAAAUAUAAAGAAAAAAGUUGAAAAAAUAAAAAUUCUGAAAAACGAUAUAUUAAAAGAAUAUUGCUUUAUAUGUGGAUGCGUUGAAUAUAAAUAUCCGCUUUUAUAUUGUUCAUCAUGCGGCUGCUCAAUUCAUUAUUCGUGUGCAAAUGUAUCACAACCAUUUUUAUUUAAAUUAAAUUGCUAUUUUGAACAUAAAAAAGAUAUAAAUAACAUUUUUAAUGUUAUAAGUAGAAAUUUCAAGUGCUAUAAUUGCAUUAAGUGUGAUGGUUGUGGCGAUAAAUUUGAUGACGAAAUUAAAAGAAGCUUUUACUCAAAUACAAGAGAUAAAAAUUCACACAAUUUAAGUCAAUUUGAAAAGGGAGUAUACAAUCAUUUAUAUAAUUUACAGAUGGAAGUAUUUUCUACAAAAAUAAAAAAAAGCAGUAGUAAUAGUACCCAAAAUAUUAACAAUAAUACAAAAAAUAUUAUGAUAAAAAAUGAAAACAAUCUAGAGCAUGCUGAAACAGAUGCAAGCAUUAGUCUAGUAAAUGUAAAUAAUUACGAUGAUAAUAAUGCGUCGGUUGCAAAGUAUGCAGAUAAUUUUUUUGUAAAUUCAAGUGCAUGUGAAAAUACACCCCUUACAGAUGCUGUUUGCGUGUUUGAUAAGCAUAAUUUUGCAGACAAAAUUGAAAAGAAUGAAACGGAUAAUAAUGUAAUUCCUACUAAUGUUAAUAAAAACAAUAAAAAAAAUUAUGCCAUUAGUAAUAAUUUCGAGAAUAAUUGUGAUAAAAAUAUUUCUAUUAAUGAAAACUUAUAUACAAACAAUAUGAACAAUAAAAGUUGUGAAAUAUUGGAUACAGAAAAGUCAAUGGGGAACGAAAUAAAUAAUAGUUUAAGCAAAAAAGCCGAAAAAGAAAAAUUCGAUACUUCAAAAAAAGGUAUGAUAAAUAUACUAAAUAUACAUGAGCAAACAUCGAAAGUAAUAAAAUGUUUUUGUUGUGGUAAAUCAUCACAUAAUCAUUGUUUUUAUCGUAUGGACAAAGAUCCCAAUAAUAUAAACCCAAUAAUUCACAAAAAAAAUUAUAGAGGUUAUAUAAAAAAAUAUAAUAGAAAGGGUUCUAAUAAAAAAGUAGGUGAUAAUUACUACGGAAAUAAUGGAAUAAAUUAUAAAAAUUUUAAUAGUGAUAUCAGCCCAAUUAAAUGUUACGACAAUUCACCAUACGUAGAUAAUAAUAGCCCUAUAUAUUUUAUAAAAGAUGAAAGUAUAUCGAAAUACAAUUUGAAAAAUAAUGACAUACUAAUAAAUAAUAAUUUUGAACACGCUUAUAUUUUAAAAAAUAUGAACAAUACAAAUAAUAUAAUUUUAAAAAAUAUACAAGAACAUGGCAUAAACGCCCAUACUGCUGCUGGUAAUAUAUAUGGUAGAGGAUGUAAUAAUAAUAUAUAUGUAUACAUGAAUAAUCCAAGUUAUAUAAAUAGUAUAUAUCAUAAUAAUACACAUUGCAAUGCAAAUAACAUUUGUAAUGAUAAUAAUAUAAUUAUUAAAAAAGGUUAUGAACAAUUUAAUGAUAUAAAUAUUACCGAUCUUGCUUUAAGAAAAAACUAUAUACAAACACACGAUAUAUAUAGUUACCUUGUUCCUUCUAAUGAAGUAUUGUACGAUUCAUUUAAAAUUUGUUUAAACGAUGUUAAUCAUGGUGCAAUUGUUACUAUAAAUGAUAGAAUAUUUAACAAGGCGGUUUUAAAUAAAAUAUAUGAGGUUAUUGAUAAUAAUAAAAAUGUCUCGAUAAACGAUUUAUCACACUUAUUUAACGUAACUGAAUUCAAGCUAAACUUUGCUCUUUGUGAAAUUUUAAAUGGUUUAAUUGUUUAUCUCAAUAAUAAAUUGAAUGAAUAUAAUUUAUUAACGUAUUCAAACAAUAUAGAGGAAAAGGAAAAAAUGGAUGAUCAUACAAAUAAUAAGAACAAAAAUAUAAGCAUAUUCGAUAUCAAUUUUAUUUCUACUGAUCAAGACAAAAUUAAUGUUAAUGAAAAUAUUUUUAAAAUUAAAUCAUUGAUUUCAUACAUUUUUUCGAAUGAUGAAAGUAUUAAAAAAAUAUUUAACCAAAAUUUUAUGAUAAUGGGGGCUUCAAAUUAUGUUAGUAAUAAUACAUUUGGAAAAACUAGCAGCAAUAAUUUUAACCAAAAUAAUAACAAUAUAAAUAUCGAGGAAAGCAAUAAAUAUUCAUUGCCAAUAUAUAAUGGCACAUUUAUUAAAAAUUCACCAUGUUUAGUUGCAAAUGGAUCCAAUUCUGAACACCUUGAAUAUAUUUUAAAACAAAAAGGUAUUAAUUGGGUAGGCAAUGCUUCGAAUAUGAAUAAUACGAAUAAUAUGGAAAUGCUUAUUAAUAACAAUUUAAACAAUAUGGUAAUUAUUAGUAGUGGUAAUAACAUAAAUAAUGCGAAUGGUUUUGAUGAAGAAAAUAAACAGAACAUAGAUAAUUCAUAUAGCAGUAUAAACAGAAAUUGGAUUAACGAGACCGAUAAUGCUAACAAUAGUAUUUUACAAAAUAUGAUAAAUAAUAUAGGAGAGCAUAACCAAAUCAUGAGCCCCAAUAAUCCCAAUAAUGUAAAUAUGUUGAAUAAUAUGAUUACAAAUAAAGUUGAAAAUAUAGCUAUUAAUGAUACCAUAAGCAAUGCCCUAGAUGUUAAAAAUUCUAAACAUUUUGAUAGCAAAAUAUAUAGGCACAGUUCUCUCGACAUGAAUUUGGAUUCGCAUAAAAAUAGCUACUUUUUUUAUAAAUCCUCAAAUAAUAAUAUUAUCAGCAAUAAUAGAUGCAAUAGUAACAAUUAUGGCUCUUUAAAUUGUAAAACUGCUAGCAGUGUUAAUAUGCUCAAUACAUUCAAGACAAAUACCGAUAUUAAUAAUAAUUAUAUAAAUGAGGUAAGCAGCGAUUUGUAUGAUAAAAUCAAGAACAAAGAAAUUGACCCCAAUGAAAUUUUUAUUCAGAAUAAUAACCCACAUUUAAUAUUUGUCGAUAAUCCAUAUAAUAAACUCCAAGAUGUAAAAAAUUAUGAUAAUCUGGCCUUUCAAAAAAAUGCAUUAUCUAUAUAUGAUAUAAACAACAAAGAAAACAAAAUUGGCUAUAUAUGUAAUAAUAAUUUAAUCACCAAUGUUGCUUAUAAUUAUUCUAAUAAUGAUGGAUCAAAUAAAAAAGAGAAAGAUCAGAUAAAAAACCUUUUAAAAGAUAGUAUAGCUGGUUUUGAUCAAAUUACAAGUAGCAAUAAAAAUAUAAAAUUCGCAUACCUCAGUGAAAACACAUUACAAUUUGCAAAAUUAAAAAGAAGUUGUAGUAAUAUAUACAAUAUUGAUAGUAAUGGUUCAAAUUAUAAAUACAAUACUGCCAAUACUCUUGUCAAACAUAAUAUAAAUAUUAAUAAAAACAGCAGUGAUUGCGAAGAGAAGGAUAUAUAUAAAUAUCGAAAAAAUUUAUCUGAUAGCAUUUUAAGUAAUAGGGAAAAAACAAAUAUUAAUUUUGAUAAGUUUAACACUAUCAAUACACGUGCAUUUUUUGAUUUAACUUCAUUACAUGUUGAAAAUAAAUCAAAUGUGAAUCAAAAUUUGAAGCAUGCAAUACAAAAUAUCAAAAAUGGUAAUAAUAAUUACAUUUAUUACAGUAACAAUACUAAUAAAGGAACAUUAAAAAAAAAUUGUAAAAUAAUAGAAAUUAAACGCGAGGAAAACAUAAAUUCUGAGCAUUCUAAUGAAGUAGUUACCAAACAUCAAGAUGAUAUUGCCAAUAAUAAUUUGAAUGAAAAUUCAGAAAUGAAAACCCUCAAAAAACAAAAUAAUAAUGAAAAAAAUAUGAAUAACAAUGAGGAGAUGCCCAUAGAAAACACAAUUACACCAGUUAGCACCAAUGCAAAUGAAAAAGAGAAACACAUAUCAAGUAUAUCUGAAUGUGACAAAAUAACAGAUAGUUUAAAUAUAAAAAAGGGUAAAAAAAAAUCCGAAAAGGGGAACGAAAUUGUGGAAGAAAAGAAUGGAGCGAAGAAAGUAGAUAAUGAGAAUAAUGAUAAAAAUGAAGAGGGAGAAAAAGAAGGAAAGAUAGAAAAGGGGAAAAAAGGUGAACGAACUGUACGAGAGAAAAAAAAGAAACAAACAAAAAGAGGAAAAGGUGAAGAAAAAGAAAAAACUAAUGAUGAUAAUGAAGAAGGUGAAGAAAUACAAUCAAAAAAAAAUAAAACAACCAAAUCAAAAGGAACACGUAUUAAAGUAAAAAAAGAAGGAAAUAAUAAUAAAGGAAUUCCUAAUGAAAAUUCGAAUGAUUUAUCUGCACAUCAAACAGAUACUAAAUAUAUGAACACCAAUGCCAACAAUAUUGGAAAUUUUUAUAAUGCUAAUGAUACUCAUAAUAAUGAUGGCACAAUACAUUUACCAAAAAAGAGUAAAUCUAAUUCAAAAUCUGUUGAUAAAAAGUGUAAAUCGGAAAAAAAGAAUAAAAAUAAUGAUAAUCACAAUUUAUCUGAAAAUAAUGAUUUCUAUCUUUGCUCCGAUAUUGACGCAUCUGGAUAUUCUCCAUAUCGUAAAACCCAAUCAGCUUCUCCAGUUAAAAAAAUAAAAAUAAAUAAACUAAACAGAUUUUUAAAAAAAAAUUCGUUUAUAUUAAAAUCAAAGUUUAAGAGAGUUUGCCCUAAUUCUUAUUUAUGUCAAGAUUGUGUAAUACUAUAUAAAAGUGAAUUAUCUUUUGAUGCAUUCAACGAUGAAAUACAAAAUUUUGAAAAAAAUAUGCAUGGUUCUGAUGAAAUUGCUAAUCUAUGUGAUGAUAAAAAAAAUAUCAAAUUAUUAAUUGGUGAUAAUGUUAAUAACAAAUCACAAAAUAGCAAUGCAAAAAUGACGAAUGAUGUAAUGAUAGUAUGCAAUAAUGAGGAAAAAGAUAAGCUUAUCGAAAAUAUGAAUGAAAAUAAAUGUGGUAAUUUGUGUAAAAUGGAUAACAAUAAACAGCCUUGUCAAAACAGAUGCAUUAAUAAUAGCAAUAAUAAUUAUUUCACUUUAAAUAAUAGCAAUACAUUAGAAUGGGAUAAGGAAAAUACUUAUUGGUCAGCCAAAAUAUCAUCUUUUAAUAAUAUAUACUACAAUAUGAAUUAUUUCAAAUCAAAUAAAACAGGUCAUACAAUCAUACAUGAUCUCGAAAAAAACAAAGCAGAACUAUACAAAUGCUCAGUAUGUUGUAUUUUAUAUGAAUAUAAAGUUAGUGAACGUGUAAAAAUUCAAAAUGAACAAAUUAAUUCAAACCUAUUGUUUAUUUGCAAUGUGUGCAACCGAAAAUAUAAUUACAUUUUUAAAUAUAUGAAACAUUCUGGAAAUAAAAACCAAUUUAUAAUUAUGAAUGACGAACGAAAAAAAAAUAAUAAAAUAUAUCCCUCUAAUAAUUGUAUUAAUACUAUUAGUAUCAAUCGUAACAGUAAAUUGAGGAAUAUGCUGCACGAACUAGUGUAUUUUAUAAUUAAUAUGUGUUAUGAGCAUAUAUAUGAAAAGAAAAUAUUUUUAAAAAACAUUUUUAAUUUAUUAGAUAAAAUAUUCAAAGGAAAAAAUAUAAAGGUGCUUAGUUUGCUGCAUUUUUCUCAUACCUAUUUUGUAUAUGACGAGUUUUAUUUGUUUUUUCAAGAAAAGCUAAAAAAAUCCAUGUUCUUAAAAAGAAAAAAAAACACAUAUUUAAAAAAAAUAUUCUCUGCUUUAUCCAGAUCUUCUUUUGUUAAUAUUAUGGAAUGUGUGUUACAACAAUUUUAUAAUCAUAUUUACAAUGAAGUUGGUUACAUCCAAACUGGGCAGAAUAAGCAUUCCGAUUAUUUAUAUAUUCUACCAAAAAGAAUGAUAUUUUUAUAUUGCACACAAUCAAAUAAUAAAUUUGAGCAAGUUGUUAAUUAUUCAAUUUAUAUUUUAUACUUGUAUUAUGUUCGUGUAUGUUACUGCAAGAGAUUUUUAUUCAGAAAUAUUGAAAAUCGACUAAAUAUCAAAAGAACAAAUAAAAGGCAUAAAAAGAGUGAAACUAUUCAGACAAAAAAAAAAAAAAUAGGAAAAGGAAGUAAACAGUUUAAAGCAUCCCUUUUAAAAGGAGACAAAUCUGAUAGUUUUUACAAUUUAAUGUACAAUUUUAAUUAUAAGAUGGUUACUAAACCACCAAACAGUUUUAAUAAAAUUACAGAAAAUAUGAAUGACGAUAAAAGGGAUCCGAUUGGAGAAGAAAAUUGUGUUUCGACAUGUUCUUAUAAACCGAUUGAGGAUGUAAACAAUAGUAUAGAUAAUGUAGGAAAUAUUGAGAAAGAGAGUAAUAUUACUAACAACCAUAAUGAAAGAAAUAACAAAAUUGCCCAAAUGGUAGCAAAAUAUGAUGAAGAGUGUGAGCAAUUCAUUCAAAAUUAUUAUGAAAAAAUAAAAUCAAUGAUGAAAAAUAAAAUAAAUUUAUAUGUAAAAAUUAUGCUAAAUAAAUAUAUUAAAGAAGGUAUAAAUAUUUUAAAGGGCAGAAAAAUGAAAAAUGACACAAACAAUAGUAUUAUAAAUAAUAAUAAAGAAAAAAACAAUAAACUAUGUGAUAACAAAAUAUGUAUUUUUUGUAAUUAUGGAAAUUAUAUUUAUAAGGGACAGCUUAUUCCAUUUUACGAUAUUUAUAUGCAUAGUGAAUGUUUAAAAUGGAGUUUAAAUUGUACACAAUAUUAUAAUUGCAACAAAGACGGUGUAUAUGAAUAUAACAAAAAUUUAGCAGAUGCAAAAAAUAAUACCAAUGAUACAACUAUUAAUAAUAUUAGCACUACUAACAAUGCUACUAAUACUACUUCUAAUACUGGUAAUAAUAAAAAAAAUACUAAAAAGGAGCAAAUGAAAGAUAAAAAUAAUUCGAAAAACUCAACAAGCAAUAAAAAAACAAAAAAGAAACCAGCAUCCAAUUAUGUUGAUAAUUGCAAAAACGAUGCAGAAAAUUCAAAUAUAAAUAAAAAUAAUAAAAACACAAAUGUAUUAGUAAAGAGUGAAAAUACACCUUUUAUUAAAAACGAAAAUAUUUCUCAUGAUACUCAUUUCAAUUUAAUGAAUCGUGACGACACUAACUCAGCAAUCGAAACAAAUAAUGCAUUACACUGUGAACAGAAGGAUGAGGAAAAUGUUGAAACAAAUAUCAAGAAGCGAAUUAAAAAUAUAAAAUUAAUGGAACGUUUAGAAUAUAUUGAAAAUAAACAUUCUUUUAAUAAUUAUCAAAAUAUAAUAGAAGUAGAUGAAGAUGAUAUUAAAGAAAUAAUAUACGAUUCUGUUAAUUCGACUUGCUUCUUAUGUGGUUAUAAAAAUGCUAGCAUUUAUUGUAGUAAUGAGAAUUGUAGUGUAAAAUUUCAUUUAAAUUGUGCUUUUUAUUCAACUAUUAUUAAAAAUUACAAUGAUAGCAUGUUUUUUAACUAUAAAAAAUUGUUCAAUUUGAUUAGAUUUAAUAAUGAUACAAUUUUUUGCAAUCUAAAUAAUUCGCCACAUAAAAAAGAAGAAGAAAAUUAUAUAUUUGAAAAUAAUUAUAAUGAUAUUUUCCCAAUUCAUAUAAUAUUCAAAACAAAAAAAAUAUGGUGUAACCAUUGUUGGAAUGAUAAAUCUAUUUAUGAAUCAUUUUAUUUAAAAAAAGAAAAUGCUUCACAUUUUGCAUCUUCAAAUUGUAUGAAUGACCCAACGUGUUAUGAGCAAAAUCAAAUAAUAGCUGAUAGCACACCUUCUAAAAAUGUUGAGAUUAAUAAUUUUUGCAAUAUAAUAAAUACUAAUCUGAAUUAUACUCCAAACUUAGAAAGUACUGUUGAAAAAAAGGAAAUGAUUCAAGAAAAUUCUAUUACAUGUGUGAAACCAGAAAAUGAUAUGGAAAAUAAAAAACUUAUAUCAUAUACUAAUGAUAAAAAAGCUACUAGCACAGUGUUUCUCGAAAUGCUAAAACAACAUUUUAAUUCUCUUGUUGAGUUUUACUUCGAAAAUGGAUCAUACUACGUUAUGGAUACAAUUUUACACAGCAUAAAUGAAAAUAUAAAAAUUCGAUAUAAAUCGAAAUCAUUAAUGGUGUUACAAGAAAUUUUUAAUAAAAAUAGUAAAAUAGAAAAAAAAAUGAAAGAAUUAGAAAAUGUUAUAAAUAAAUAUGCAAACAAAAAAAAUGAUGAAAAUUAUAUUGAUGAUAAGUAUAAUCUUAUUAUUCAAGAAAGCACAAAAAAUAAUAGUAGCAAUCAUAACGAUAUAUCAAACGAGCGACAAGAGACAAAAAAUGCAAAAAAGAUAAAUCAAAACGAAGGAACAAUUAAUAAUACAAUUGUCGAUAUACAAAAAAUUAUUGAUAAUAGCAAUGUGAGCAAUAUUUUAAAGUCAUAUUUUAUACUUAAAAAUUUUUUCUGUAUAGGAAAUUUUACAACAUUAAAAAAUGAAAACUACUUUUUUUCAAAAAAAAAUGAAAAUUCCUUUGCUAAAUAUUUAAUAGGAAAUGAACAAACAUUAAAUCUGUACCUGUCAGAUGUGCUUACCACUAAUCAAAUAAAAAUAAGUUCAUUUGCCUGUAAAAAAAAAUCUAAUGAAAAUGAUAUGGCAAAUUGUUCCAUCAAUGAAGAUAAUAAAACGAACGAGAUUAAUUCCCCUCAAAAUUAUUGCAUAAAAUAUGUUGAAUAUGAUAAUGAAUCAGAUGACAAUACAUCAGCUAUUAUUGUUAAUUGCAAUAGCGAAACAGAAGAGCCAAAUCAAUAUAUAGAUGAUAUAGAUAAUAAUAUUGAAGAAAAUAUGAAAUAUAAAAAAAAAAGUAUAAAUAUUUAUUUUAAAAAUUUAACAGAUAUGAAAGAAAAAAGGAGGGUUAGCAUAACCAAAUUACAACAAGUUAGUAGCAAUUUUGUUAAGAAUAGAGAAAGUGUGGAUAUUAAUAAAAUUGUUGAAAGGAUAGAUGAGGGAAAAAACAAAAGCUAUGGAGGAAAAGAAAAAUUGAGUAUUUUUAAAAAAAGGGGAAAGACGCAAGAGUAUAUAAAUGAUAGAAAAUGGAGUAAUACCAGUAGUAAUGCUAGUAUUGCCAAUAUAAUGGUAAAGAAAGAGUGCUUUUUAAACUUGGUUACAAAUAAUAAUGAUAUAUACAUUAAACAAAUAAACGAUAAAUACUUUUUAAAUUAUAAAUAUAAUACUGCUACUAAUAAUUAUAAUAAUUUACCUUUUAAUCACUCAAAAUGUAAUGUUAUUAAAAUUGGGUGUCACAAUAUAUUAAACAUUGGAGAAAUAGUAAAAUACGAAGGAGAAGAAAUAAUAUACCCAUGUGGGUUUUUAAAUAUGAGAAUAUUUUUUAAUUUACCAUCAUCAGUUUUAUUUCACAUAUAUAAGAAUGCUAAUAUUAAUGAUUUAUGUUUAAAAAAUAGUGUAUUAGAAAAAAUAUGUUUACAACUACGAGCUACUUAUAUAUUUUCAAUUACCCUCAAAAAUAAUAAUUUAUUCUUCUCAAUUAUUUUAUUCCCGUUAAUAAAUAUAAACUAUUUUAGUGAAGUCGAUGCAAAAAAAUUUGUCUUAGCUGAAAGCCACAAUAUUAAUGAAUUAUACAACCAAUUUCUUUCCUACUUUAAUUACCAAAACGAAAUAUAUAUUACUGAGCAAUAUAAAAAAUUUACAGAGAAAUAUUCGAAAUUAUAUGAAUAUAUGGCUAAAUUUAUUUUUAAAUCUGCCGAGCACAACAAAUCAAUUGAUGCCCAUAGCUUCUUUGGAUUAACAUUACCAUGCGUUAUAUAUCAUAUUAAAUAUAAGUUGUUUAAAUUUAUAUGGGCUAAUUUAAGCAGUAAAAUUAGCACACAUGCCAAACGAGAAUGCGAACGCGAUGAGAUAAAAAAAAAAGUAAAAAAUUGCAAGAGGGAAGUCAAAUAUAAUGACAAUAUUCUAUGUAAAUAUUCCAAUCUUGAAACGUCAAUUUUUAAGGACAGCGAAAAAGAAAUGGAAAAAAAUACAAGAAAAAUAACAAAAUAUAAAUAUAACAUAAACAGUGCAAUGUCCUACAGAUAUUUAAUGAACAUAUCAUCAAACUCAAGAUUGUAUGUAAAGAAAAGUAGCAUACAUGGAUACGGAUUAUAUACACGUGAAUUCAUUAAUGAAGGAGAGCCCGUUAUUGAAUAUAUUGGUGAAUAUAUAAGAAAUAUAAUAAGUGACAAAAGGGAAAAGUAUUACGAAAAAAUUGAAAGUAGUUGCUAUAUGUUUAGACUUAAUGAAAAUAUAAUUAUCGAUGCGACCAAAUGGGGAAAUGUUAGCCGAUUUAUUAACCACAGCUGCGAGCCUAAUUGUUUUUGUAAAAUAGUUAGCUGUGAUCAAAACUUAAAGCACAUUGUUAUCUUUGCAAAAAAAGAUAUCUUAGCACAUGAGGAAAUAACAUAUGACUACCAAUUUGGUGUCGAAUCCGAAGGAGAAAAACUAAUUUGUUUAUGUGGAUCGAGCACGUGCCUAGGAAGAAUGAACUAA